GGAAUCCUCGAGGGAAUGAAAUGAUGGCCUGGAGAGGUGGCAGGUUCUGCUCUGCUGCUGCUGCUUAGCAUUGCUCUCACACAGCUAAGGGUAAGUGUGGGGUGGGGGGCAGCAAACAGUGGGCAGAGCUCUUUUUGGAACUGGGAUCUUUGUGCUAGGAGGCUUUUUGUGAAGGCAUUUGUGAAGUCUUUGAAGCCUGCUGUGCAGCUCAACAUCUGCAUCUGCUUGGUGCUGUGGAUGCGAUGAUGACAGCAAAGCGAGAGUCCAUCCCACUUGUUUUGGAGAGCAGUCAAAGGAAUCCUUGCACAGUGCAGUUUGUUCCCAGUUGUGUUGCUAACUUAGCUCCUUUCCAGUUCAGCACGGGGUGACUGCCUGUGGUCUGUACUGCUGGCCCUGCUUAAAUGAAGGCUUGGAACAAAAGAUCAAGUAGGCACAGAGUGAUGUCUGCAGCAUCACUGUCCAACCUGUACCUGCUAUUGAACAUGGUAGGAAGGGUUCUUGGAUGGUGACUCAACUGGUUCCUGCUAUGCUGUAACACCAGGUUUGUUGCUGCUACUGCAGACUGGGGGCUGACACUGAGCUCUGUUUUUAGGUCUUCCCACUAGUGAACAGCACUGGUAUGUGAGCUAGAAGGGGGCUGGAAGUGCAGUAGUUGGGGUUAUCUGCACUCUGAAGAGUAAAACAAAGGAUGUUUGUUGUGUUCCCGUGUGAAAAUAAGGCCCUGCUAGGAGCACCACAAGGUUAGUGGUGUGUGUGUGUAGCUGGUGCUGCUGCUUCUGGCUUCACCUCAUUUAAACAUUGCCUUGGAGUUUAUUUUAGGCUUGCAAGAAUAGGAGGCGCUUGUCAUGGUCAGCUAGGCUGUGAUUUAGCAAAGUGGCAAAUCUGCUUUAGAGACUGGGAAAAGGAAGAGGUUUUAAUCACAAGUGACAACAUGCAGUCUGUGACUGGAACCCAGGCCCUGAGCAAUGGUGAAACCCCUCUGCUGACACCUGCAUGGCUGCAAGAAGCUGUUACUGCAGGGGCUUCUUGGUGCUCAGUUCCAGCAGUUGUUGAGAUGUCACACGGACCUAUGGACUGUUUUCCUCCCACCCACAUCAGCAACUUGUUUUUAGGAGGAUGUACUCUUUCGUUUCCCUGCUUUUGUGCACAUUAGUGCUUUGUUAGGUGAGCUAGGAAGGGGCUGGUAACAAAUCUCUCAAUACUCAAAGCCCGUGGUGCUUUUGAAGGUGCUCCCAAGUCGUGCUCUGCCUGUGCCUAUCAAGGAGGAGCAGUGCUGACUCCUGCAUGGUGCUGUAGCUGUGACACUGCAAUCACACCAAGGUUCUGGAACGUGGCCAGGGCAGGAGAUGCAGGCACCAAUGGACAACGUGUGCCACACCACCAUAUAAUGACCAUCUUUGUGCUUCCAUCUCAGCCUCGCUUGUUGAGUGACCUGAAAGCUAGGAGGAACUCCAUUUUGGGGUCUGAAACAGCAUGUAUGUGCUUUCCCUGAAGGACAUAGAUCUGUGCCCGAGGCCACGGGUAAAGGCUGAAGGAGUGAAGGUGUGAGUGAAGCACCUGAUAGGAUAACAGAAUGCUGCAUGCAUGGCAGUGUGAGCCCAGCAUGGAGCUGCAGGGAAUCUGGACAUGAAUCUGGACAGGUGAAUUGAGUGAUGCUGUGUGUUGAAGGCGAUGCUUCCUGUGUGCUGGCUGCAGCUGCUGGAGGUGCACGAUGUGCCACGUACCUGACACAGCUGAAGCUUGAAGAUCGCUCUGUGGUCCCUCGAGAUGUGGUCAGACACAUGAGCUCCAGUGACAGCCAGUGUGGGACUGUAAUUGAUGUCAACAUAGAAUGUGCUGUGAAGCUGGUAGGAACCAACUGCAUCCUGUACCCUGUCAACAGCAAAGACCUGCAACAUAUCUGGCCCUUCAUGUAUGGUGACUACAUAGCCUACGACUGCUGGCUGGGCAAGGUGUAUGAUCUGAAGAACCAAGUCAUCCUUAAGCUUUCCAAUGGAGCCAGGUGUUCUAUGAGCACAGAAGAUGGAGCCAAGCUGUAUGACGUCUGUCCUCACGUCAGUGACUCGGGUCUCUUCUUUGAUGAUUCGUAUGGCUUUUAUCCUGGGCAAGUCCUCAUCGGGCCUUCUAAAGUCUUCUCCAGUGUACAGUGGCUCUCGGGUGUGAAGCCUGUUCUGAGCACAAAAAGCAAGUUCCGAGUGGUGGUGGAAGAGGUGCAGGUGGUAGAACUAAAGGUUACUUGGAUCACUAAAAGCUUCUGUCCUGGAGGUACUGACAGUGUGAGUCCUCCACCCUCAAUAAUCAGCCAGGAGAACCUGUCCAGGGUAAAGCGUCUGGGGUGCUUUGACCAUGCCCAGAGGCAGCUUGGAGAAAGGUGCCUCUAUGUGUUCCCGGACAAAGUGGAACCUGCAAAAAUCACCUGUGAAUGCCCAGAGAGGAACUGUGUCCUGGGUGAAGGAUCAGUUGCCAAAAAGGUGAGGAGACUGCUGAAGAAGCAGAUAGUGAAGAUCAUGUCGUGCUCCCCAGAAUCUCAGGGUACCACUGAAGCCCCGGACAAAGAGCCUGCUCCAGCUGCUGACCAGAAAUCAGAAGACCUUAAGCCUGGCUCCAAGUGUGAACUGGAGGACUCCUCCAAUGGUGUGCCGAGCGCAGGGGAGAGGAAGGAGGAGCAGCCUGAAGAAGCAGGGAAGGACAAAGGGGGAGCAGCAGUGAGACAGCAACCUCCCUUUCUGCUGAAAGAUGAGGGAUCGGCUGAUUACAGGCUGCAGUCCAUGGAGCAGGAUGCUGAUGAUGAGGCAGCUGAUGACACAGAUGAUACUAGCUCUGUCACCUCUUCUGCCAGCUCCACCGCCUCAUCCCAGAGCGGCAGCGGCACCGGCCGCAAGAAGAGCAUCCCUCUAUCCAUCAAAAACCUGAAGCGGAAGCACAAGAAGAAGAAGACCAAGAUCUCAAGAGAAUUUAAGCCAGGAGACAGGGUUGCAGUGGAGGUGGUGACCACGAUGACUUCAGCUGAUGUGAUGUGGCAGGAUGGCACUGUGGAGACCAACAUUCGUUCCAACGAGCUGAUUCCAGUCCAUCAUCUGGACAACAAUGAAUUCUGCCCUGGGGAUUUUGUGGUGGACAAAAGAGCUCAGAGCUCCCAGGACCCUGGUGUGUAUGGAGUCGUGCAGUCUGGUGACCAUAUCGGCCGUACCUGUGUGGUGAAGUGGUUCAAGCUGAAAUCCAGUGGAGAUGACGUGGAGCUGAUUGGGGAGGAGGAGGAUGUGAGUGUGUAUGACAUUGCUGACCACCCAGACUUUCGCUUCCGCACCACUGACAUCGUGAUUCGCAUCGGCAAUUCGGAUGGAGCCACAGCUAAUGAAGAUGAGCCUUCGGUCGGGCAGGUGGCUCGCGUGGAUGUCAGCAGUAAAGUGGAGGUGGUGUGGGCUGAUAACUCCAAGACUAUCAUCCUGCCUCAGCACUUAUACAACAUCGAGUCGGAAAUUGAGGAGUCAGACUAUGAUUCUGUGGAUGGCAGCACCAGUGGGGCAUCCUCUGAGUGGGAGGAUGAAAGCGACAGCUGGGAGACAGACAAUGGCCUCAUGGAAGACGACCACCCAAGAAUUGAGGAGUUAGAGCCCGAGGAGCCAGCAGCAGAGGAGGUAAAAAAAGUAGAGGAACAAGUCCAGGGAGCUGUGGCUAUGGCAGUUGCAGAUCUUGCUGCAGAGAAAGCUGGCAAGGACGGGGCCCCGAAGAGCUUCAGGGAACUAAAGGAAGCCAUCAAGAUCUUGGAAAGCCUGAAAAAUAUGACUGUGGAGCAGCUGCUGACUGGUUCUCCCACCUCCCCAACUGUGGAGCUGGAAAAACCCACUCGGGAGAAGAAAUUCUUGGACGAUAUUAAAAAGCUGCAGGAAAAUCUCAAGAAAACCUUGGAUAACGUGGCUAUUGCAGAGGAGGAAAAGAUGGAAGCCAUGGUGGAGACAGAGAAGAAAGAAGAAAAAGCAGAGGCACAGACACCAGUGAGGUCAGAGUGGCCCAGUGAGACACCAGUGCUGUGCCAGCAGAGUGGGGGCAAACCUGGAGUCACCUUCACCAGUGCCAAGGGAGAGGUGUUCUCUGUGCUGGAAUAUGCUCCAGAUAGUCAUGCCUUCAAGAAAAUGGAGUUCCAGCCCCCAGAAGCAAAGAAGUUCUUUAGCACUGUGAGGAAGGAGAUGGCUCUGCUGGCCACCUCCCUGCCAGAUGGCAUCAUGGUUAAAACCUUUGAGGAUCGAAUGGACCUCUUCUCAGCACUUAUAAAAGGGCCCACACGCACACCCUAUGAAGACGGCCUCUUUCUCUUUGACAUCCAGCUCCCCAACAUCUACCCUGCUGUGCCACCUCUCUUUCGCUACCUCUCCCAGUGCAGCGGGAGACUGAAUCCCAACCUGUAUGACAAUGGCAAAGUGUGUGUCAGCCUCCUGGGGACGUGGAUAGGCAAGGGGACGGAAAGGUGGACCAGUAAAUCCAGCCUCCUCCAAGUACUCAUCUCCAUCCAAGGUCUCAUCCUAGUGAACGAGCCCUAUUACAACGAGGCAGGCUUCGACAGUGACCGGGGCCUUCAGGAGGGCUACGAGAACAGCCGCUGCUACAACGAGAUGACUCUGAUCCGGGUGGUGCAGUCCAUGAUGCAGCUGCUGCGCAGACCCGUGGAGGUUUUCGAGCACGAAAUCCGCGAGCAUUUCCGCUGCAACGGCUGGCGCCUGGUGUCCCGCAUCGAGUCCUGGCUGGAGACCAACGAGCUGGUGGAAAAGAGCCACGAGCAGACCAACGGGGCGGAUUCUGCCUCCCUCCUCUCUGCGGGCAGCGCCCUGGCCGAGAGCCCCGGAGACAACGUGGGGGAGUGCAGCGGAUCCGCCGAGCAGGGAGCGGCGGCUGAGUUCUCCGACUCGGCGCUGGACGGGAAGGAGGAGCUGGACGAGGCAGAAUUCACGACCUCGACGCCCAACGCCAGCGAUCUCCACCAGUACUCAGACUCGGAGAGCGCGGGCCAAGCCAGGGGGGUGGACCUGGCCAGAGACCGAACGGACGAGGGGAAGGCUGCCCAGGACUCUGCCUCGCAGCCGAGCGUCAAACCAAAGAAAAGGAGAAAGAGCUACAGGAGUUUCCUUCCGGAGAAGAGCGGUUACCCCGAUAUUGGGUUCCCCCUCUUCCCUUUGUCCAAGGGGUUCAUUAAAAGCAUCCGUGGUGUCUUGCAGCAGUACCGGGCUGCCUUAGCAGGGGCCAAUAUCCCAGAGUGGACAGAGGAGAAAUAAACCGUCGGGUUAGGGACAGGCAGGUGCAGAGGAGAAGGGAAAGCAGCAGAAAGGAAAUUGGCAAAUGCUGUUACCAGUAAACUGGCUUCUCCUUCCAGCUUUUCUUCCUCAGCUUGGUUUGUUCCAAAGAAGGUGGUAGGCCUGAUUUGCUCCUCCGAGGAAAGGUUGUCUACGCAUGAAUUUGCCCUCGGCCCUCCUUCCUUCCCCCUGUCCCACACACGUGCUCCUCUCGCGAGUUUGACCCUGCAAUGGUAAGAUUGGAGACCCGCACAGAAGCAGUCUUGCAGCCACGUUCCCUCUGCACUUUCAUCUUGGGGCACCUUUCCACACAGACUUUUCCCACCCAGCUGUUUCUGCUGCUGGGGUUCGAGCCAGAAGUGAUUGCUGUAGGAUCUGGAAGCGAAGGGCGCUGCCCUCUUUCAUUUUUCUCUGCAUUACCAUGGGUUUUCUGAAGUCUACCCAAGCUGAUACAUACCCAGACGUUGGAUUGUUUGCAUUGAAGUUGUCUGCACCAUACGGAGUUGCUCUAGUCGUAGUUGUUCACCGAUAGCUAUGAGGUUCUUCUGAUCAGAACUGAAUGGGCAGAACCAGAACUCUGUGCUGCCCUGGUAGUGCCGUGGGGUUUCCAUCUGCUCCUGUGACUUCUGCUCUUCUGGAAUCAGCUCCACCAUCCACAGUCUAUUCUCCGAGUAAGGCGAACUUCCCUCUCCCCACCAUGCAUGCCUGUCCUCUAGAAAUACACGAGAUGUGGGGUUCUGCCUCUUUACUUGC